GGGGGGUGUCGCCAUCUUGGAUAGAGUGUAUGAGGCAGAAGGAAGGGGAGGGGCGGUGUUGAGGAAAAGAGAAAGGCAAAGGAGGGGGAAGAAAAAGGAGGAGGCCGCUGUCGUCGUGGUGCGCGCGCAGCAGUAGUGGAAUCGCCGCCGCCUUCGCUAGACCGAGGCUUGAGCCCGCGGGGAGGCCCCGGAAGAAGAAGGGGAGACGUCGCGCCGCCGCCACCCACCACCCCCGGAGCCAAGCUGCCCAGUCACCAGCCCUCCGAGCCCAGUGCCACAAUGGCAACUGCACCUUACAACUAUUCCUACAUCUUUAAGUACAUCAUAAUUGGAGACAUGGGUGUAGGAAAGUCCUGCUUGCUUCACCAAUUUACAGAAAAAAAAUUUAUGGCGGAUUGUCCCCACACAAUUGGUGUCGAGUUUGGGACAAGAAUAAUUGAAGUUAGUGGCCAAAAAAUAAAGCUGCAGAUCUGGGAUACAGCAGGACAGGAGCGAUUCAGGGCUGUCACGCGGAGCUACUACAGAGGAGCAGCAGGUGCUCUAAUGGUCUACGAUAUUACUAGAAGAAGCACGUAUAACCAUCUAAGCAGCUGGCUGACAGAUGCAAGGAACCUUACUAAUCCAAAUACUGUGAUAAUCCUUAUAGGAAAUAAAGCAGAUCUGGAGGCACAGAGAGAUGUUACAUAUGAAGAAGCCAAACAGUUUGCUGAAGAGAAUGGGUUGCUGUUCCUUGAAGCAAGUGCAAAAACAGGAGAGAAUGUUGAGGACGCAUUCCUAGAGGCUGCCAAGAAAAUCUACCAGAAUAUCCAAGAUGGGAGCCUGGAUCUGAAUGCGGCAGAGUCGGGUGUACAGCACAAGCCUUCAGCUCCGCAAGGUGGCCGGCUAACCAGUGAACCCCAGCCCCAGAGAGAAGGCUGCGGCUGCUAGUGACCUCAGUUCCUCAGCUCUGUUUCUGACCUUAAACCUCUGUUAGGAGCAGUGCUUUUGGCUGCUUCAGUUUCCUCUGUACAUCUUACUGGGUUUAAUUAAAACUCUUGAGGCAACAGUUUAACACAGUACUAAACUGCUAAAAGUAAGAGAAACUUAGAUGUAAUCAGGUUAUCAAAGGCAAGUAGAGUCAAACCCUCUCCCUGCAUGGUAAAUCUAGAAGUCUUUUUUUUCCCUCCCCCCCCCCAUGAUUGUCCUUGUGAAUAGUGUCACCGAUCCAUGAUUUACAAAACAGAGCACUGACGCUGGACCUCAUGAUUUUUACUCUCUCUCCUUCUGCAGGGCUUUGUCUCUCUUGUAAGGUUUAACUUUGUUAGCUUCAGCAUUUCCUCCCAAUCUGUAACUGGUCUCAAUCUGUCCUUUUAGUAACAAAGAAGUUGACUUGCUGUGGAGUGGCUUCCAAGAGUAGAGCAAGAUCCCACAAAAUGUGUGUCUCAUAGAAAGGAUUCCCUGUUAUACAGUCAGGGAGGUGGGGGGACCCCAUUGCAGGGUUGUAUGUUUCAUCCGUCUUAGCCUGGCAUACUCUGCAGUUUUGAUGCUGCCGCCCCUGCCUCCUCCUCUUGGAAUUUUUAUCCCUAACCCUUGUUAACAGAACGUAAAUAUGUAUAAAUUUUGAAGGAACCGAGCUUAACACACUUAAAGUACCUUCUGUGUAUAUGAUUUUAAUGAGAAAUAAAACCAAUUACUGGCAUUAGAACAAUGCAGAAGAAUAUAUUGGUCUGUACAGUUCAGCCUAAUACAUGACCACAUUGCCCUGCUUAGUAAAACUGCAGUCCACUUAUUGUAGGCUUAAUUCUGUGGCAUUGGCAUUUUGGAGGUUGCAGUUGGGAAGCUGGGUCCCUGCCAUGGUGCAAAAGGCAUAUCCAUCCCAAUGUAGUAAUCUGGCCCAUGUCUGCAUUGUGGCCACCUGUUGCUGUUUGCUAAUACUCCUGGUCUUGUGCAAUUGGUGUGUGCUUUUUUCCUUUCCAUUCUCUUUUUUUGUAAGAGUUCUGCAUUGAUCCAGCUUAAUUUCCUGCCUUAUUGUAUAGGAAGGCUGGGCUCUAUUGCACAUUUUAUGCUUUUUAUGAAAGGGUUGUUCUCAACUGGACUGUCAUGAGUAUUUUGCUCUUUAGGUUUUUGAACUACACCGUGGCAUUUGACACUACAGUUGAACAAGCUUAACUUGUGCUCCUGCUAAAUUCUUCGCUCCUGCUGUGGUUGCAAGGAUUUUUUUCUGAAAGAACUAGCACAAAGAAGCUGUUUAUAUGCAGAUCUGACUUUCUACUUUGGGUGGAGCCAUGUUAUGUAAACAAUCUCUACUCUGUACUGUACUCUCCCUGGCAACAUGGCCUUUUUUAAAAAAGAGGAAGGCCAAUGAGUAGUUGAGCAUGAUGGGGGCAAGAGGAGCAUGUGUUCCAAAUACAACAGUUUAGAAAUCCAUGUAAGACACUAAGCAAGGCUGUGUUCCGGUAUGUAAGCAAAGGGUGAUAACCAGCAUAUUGUACAGUCAAUGUUAAAUAAAAGCCAAAACUGGAAUGUGCAAACAAUUAGUGUUUGGGUAACUUGUGCACUGUCCUUUGGUGUUUUUCUCCCCCCUCCCCCACUUUUUGGAUCAUCUUAGGUUCUUCCCCCAAUCAACUUUCUUAAAAUAGAUGAGUAUAACAUUUUUUGCUAUAAUGAAUUGCACCAGGUGGGGGAUUUUUGCCCAGGGACCAUGACCUGUUCAUACAACUAAGUUUGGGCAAAGGCAAUCACUUCCUGCAGCUUGUUGGUGAUGCAAUACCCCCGCCCCUUACAUUUCCCCAGAUGAAAGUUACAGUAGGUCUUUGUUUCUGUGACAGGACUUAUUCGGGCUGCUGUACUCAUUUAAUGUAACAAUGCUAUUAUCUAAAUAUUUGUAAAUAAAGUACCUGUAUCUAGAUAA